AUGAGUGAUAAACAUGAUCUCGAGUAUGAAUCAGAUGAAAGUAUUAAAAGUGAUAGUGAUAAUAAUGACAAUGAGAUUGAUGUUAUUGAUGAUUUUAAUGAUGACAAUGAUAAUGAUCAUGAUAAUCUUGAUGAUGAUGAUGAUGACACAUUUACGGAUCAGAUUCUUCCGGUUCAAAGAAGCAAAUUACCGAAUUUUUAUGAAUUUACAUUUGAUAUUAAAAAGACAAUUCAUAAUGAUGCUACAAAAUUACUAUCAAAUAUUGAUAAAAAUGUUUAUCCAGUUAUUGAAACGUAUAAACCAGAAAUUGAUGAACAAAUAAUGAAUUCAACAGUAACUUUAUGGGAUGAUAGCUGUGAAUAUGCUCAACAAAUAAAUGAAAUUGCUCGAGUUUGGAUUCAAAAAACAUCGGAAACAUCAAAUAUUAGUGAAAUAAUUAACACACAACAAACUUCGACAACAAUUUAUCCAAAAUCUGAUAAUUUAACAAAUUCCACAAUGGAAGCGAUCGCAUUGAAUAAUCAAUGCUUACCAGCUUCAUUACCUGUUGAUGGUAUGCUUACUUAA